AUGUCUGAUAUAAUAACAAGCCUCUAUUUAGAUAAGAGAACUACACAUAAGAUACUCGUAGCAAAGGAACUAAAUGGUUGUGAUAGUUCAUUUAUUACAAGUUGUGUACUUGGGAACUGCAUUAAGAUCAAAAGCCCAGUUCUUGUAAUAUGUUCACAUAAUUCUAAAGAGCAUUAUCAGAAUGUUGGUUUAAAGAUGAAUUAUAAUUUAAAUAAGAAUAUUGAAAGUGGGCUAAUACAGUUUUACAAUUUAGGUGAAGAGCUUGUAAAUGCACUUCUGAAUGAUGAUAUUAUUUCUUGUGGCAAUGUUAUCAACAAUUUGAAGAAACAAAUAGAAAACAUGCAUGAAACACAUAGUUCAGUAAACGUAAUUUUUGAUGGUGUUUCACAGCUAUUUGACUUGGAGUAUAGUUUGAGAGAUGUGAAUUAUAUUUGUAAAGAAAUAAUAGAUCUUAUUAGGUCAUAUGACAAUUCUUUUUUGUUGUUCCAUUGCAAUGCUGCAUGUGAGAAUGAUGAAACUCAUGUAUUGGCAAAUUUACUGGCUUAUAAGUGUCAUGUGCUUAUAGAAGUUGAUCACUUAGCUUCUGGGUUAAGUGCUGAUGUUUCAGGUCAUAUAACUUUUACGUACCCAAGCAAAAAAUUUCAAAAGGAACAUAUGAAUAAAAUUGAUCAGAAACCAUCACAUCAUUUGUUUAAAUUAUUUGAUAGAGGAGUUAAAUUGUUGGCUCAUGGUGCUGUUUAA